GCCUCGGCGCGCUGUCGGCACUAACGCGCCUCGGGCCGAAGCCAGCCCUCGCGCUCUCGCGGCCAAGCGGGACGGCCAGCAUGGACGAGCGCGCCAGCAUCCUCCUGGUGGGCUCGGACCUGGAGGCCGGCGACGCGCAGGAGGUGCGGCGCUGGACGCGACCGGCGCGGCGCACGGUGCUCGCCGGCUGUGCGGUGUUGGCCGUGGUGGGGGCGGCGGCGUGGUGCACGGGGCACGGCAGCGGGCACGCGGGGGUGCGCGCCGCGCCAGGAGCCAGCAGCAGCCUCGCGGAGAGCAAGGCGGGGGCGAGCGAGAAGAAGGAGAAGAAGGGGAAGAAGGAGCCCGCGGAGGAGCCGCUGGACCCCGGUGCCGUCAAGGCCAUGCUGGAGGAGGACCUGGGCAAGGCGAAGCAGGCGGAGGAGGAGCUGCGGACGCAGUCGAAGACGGACUCGGACACUUUCGAGGAGGAGAUGAAGACCGCGAAGGACAAGAAGCAGAAGGCUAAGAAAGGCCACCAUGAUGCCAAGCAGAAGACCUCUGGCGCCGAGAGCGACACGAAGAAGGCGGCGAGCUUGAGGGUGGAGUCCGCCGACAACGUGACGAAGGCCGAGCAGAUGGCGCAGGAGGCCAACGCCAGCAACGCGGAGGCGAGCUCUUCGCUCGCGAGCGCGCGCGCCGGGCUGGCGGCGGCGAAUGAGGCCCUUGCCGGAUCGAAGGAGAAGGUCAAGGUCGCCCAGGAGCACAUGGACGAGGCCAAGGCCGUCGAGCUGAAGGCCUUGGACACGGCGGCGGCUGCGCGCUUUUGCGUGGACCUCCCGGGCGUGCGGCUCGCGGACGGGGAGG